AGGGAAGAACUAAAAAGAAAAGUAGCACAGCACAAAGAAACUCUCCAUCCUUCCUCAGAAGUAAUGGCUUCCAAUACUGUAGCCUAUAGUGGCCGUGCCCAAAUUGCUCAAAAUGAGUCAGACACACCGUUUUCAUCUCCUCUCUGGCCAUCCUCUCGCCGGAGUCCGUCUUCAUCUCCUUCUCUCUCCUCCAAUUCAUCUCUAGGAUCACUCUCUUUCCAUGAUGAUAAUUCUCCAACUAGUCCCACCAACCCUCCUUUUAGAUUCUCCGGAAUUCCGUUUUCUUGGGAACAUCUUCCUGGAAUUCCCAAGCAACAACUUCUCAAGAAAAAGGACCCUUCAUUAAAUCUCCUCCCACUGCCUCCGGCUGGAACUCCGACCCCCUCCAAGAAAUUCAAUUACCAAAAAAUUUCUCCAAACCCGAAGAAGUACAAUAAUGAAAGUUUUCGAAAGGAUCCGUUUUUCGCGGCAUUGGUGGAGUGUUCUAAGGAUGAUCGUGGCAUUGACACCAUUGGUAGUUUUUGGAAGGGCUCAAAGGUAUCAAGAACAUUAAGUGAUCGUCUCGGGUUCACAGCCAUGAAUGCUUCUUGCAAAAGGACUUGUGCGGUUUCAGAGUCCAUAGUUUAUCUUCCAAGAUCAAGCACCCAUGCUCUUUUCAAUAGUCGUUAAAGCUACGAUCUAUAAAAGGUCCAUACCCGUUUGAUUCCGAGAAUAAUCUCUAUAGACAAGUGUUUAUGUUUAUAGUAUGGAAACUCACUUUGAAUGUGCCUAUGUCUCCCUUCUAUUUUCUCUCUCUUUCUUCGAAAUUGUGUGGUAUCUGCGAGAACAAGUCAACAUAUCGCCAUAUCACAUAGUUACAAUUUUCUGUAUUACUUUUUACUAGGAACAAGUGUCAAAUGUGAUUUGUUUAGUAUGUGAAGAACUGCGGUGG